AUGGCAGCUCCGGUUCGAGACUUGCGGCAAGCUCUGCUGAAAGGUUCUCUUGGUCCUUUGAAUCCAUUUCCGUGGACAAUGCAAACAGGAAAUUGCUUGGGAUGGGUGAUUUAUGGAUAUUAUACGCGAGAUCCGUACGUUGUAGCAGGCAAUCUCCCUGGUCUCAUUCUGUCGAUUUGGCUCAAUAUGGGGGCUGCCAAGCUGCAGUAUUUGGACAUUCACGAAAGUCAAAAAGCACAUCAACACCAACGGCCUAGUCAGGAACAUUGGGAUGCUAGUUCUCGAACAGAAUCACAAGAAGGCCUAGAUGAAGUUCCUGGUUUAUUUCAGUCAGAAGAGGAAUUGGUAGUGGCACCGCAAGAGCGAGCACUCCUCCGGAUACUUGCUGGAUGGGCUGUCGUUGCAACCUACGUUGGAUGGUUUUCCAAAGAUGACGCGGCCGCUGUUGUUGGUGUGGUUGUGAACGCCAAUCUCAUUUUCUUUUAUGGUGCACCUCUUCAGACUUUGCAACAAGUGAUAACGGAGCGAAAUUCGGAAUCUAUUCAUUUGCGGACAAUGUUCAUGAACUGGACAAAUACUUCUUUUUGGAUUGCGUACGGUCUUUCCCGAAGAGAUCCCGUUAUAAUCCUUCCCAAUGUUAUUGGUCUUUCUUUGGGUUUGAUCCAGGGAGUUCUUUGUUUGGUCUAUCCACGGCAAACACACGAUUUAGUUGCCGAUCUUGAGCCUCUAACUUCAGUGGCCUCGAUUGUGGCAUCCGGAGAAGUGGCACCGUCAAGCCCAAUAGUAUGA